UCAAAUCCCAUCCCUUAUCCGCUCACGUUUUUUUUUCUCUCUCUUAACAAAUCCUUAUCCCAAAACCAAUCCUCCCAAUUCUUUUAAACCCCUCACCCUUUUAAACUCUCCCCAAACAUUAUCCUCUAACCUUCCACUCCCACACGUCCCUUUAAUUAUGCAGAACACCCACACACAUACACUAUAAAUAAGGCAACACAACACACAAGAACGGAGAAAAAGAAGAACAACAGAAGCAGUAGAAAAAAAACACAUCAGAAGCAGUAAAAAAAAACAGUAAGCAAAGAGAGCUAAAUACAAAGUAAAAAAAAAUACGUUGAGAGCAAAGAGAGAGAAAAAAAAUACCAAUUUCGAAAAGGUUUGGUUUGAAUGCUAAGUUGGAGUUCGAGGUUUCUGCUCAUGAUUUUGCGUUUGUGGACCAGAAAGUUAGCGCUGUUAACUUUGGAAAUCGUUAGAGUAUAGCCGUUUUCUUGUUGCUAAUUAAUCUACGCAAAGGUAACAAUCCAUCUUCCUUGUAUGAUUAAAUAUCAUGAUUAUAUGAGACCUUAUUCCAUUGUUAUGAAGUUGUUAAUAUUUCAUAUGUGUCUAACUGGUUAUUAUUCUUUGACUUUAUAUUAUGAAUCACGUUCAAAUUUUUGCAUCCUUAAAUUAAGGGUAAGAUUGAUGAAACGUGUAAUUGUUAAUUUACAAAUAAAGGUGCAACGUUUGGCUUUAAUAGCAUAAAAAGUUGUACUUUGAUUACGUGUUAUCUACUUUUAAAAAACUUAUGAUUACUUCAAGUGUUCAAAUGGAUUUUUCAUUUCUUUGGUUAAUCUGUUUUGCCAUGUUAUAUAAUGCUUAUUGGUUUAAACGUUUUUUUUUUGGUACUUAAUUAACUAUGUUUUUUUUUAUACGCAAAUGUGUUGACACUUAAAAGAAGUCCAGCCCUUUAAAUUAGUUGAAGACUUGUCACGAUACAUGAAAUUUCUAUGAAAACAAAGUUUGAGAAGGAAAGUAAUGUCGUAGGACUUUUCAAGCUUCAGCAAACUUUAUUGUUUUCAAGUUAAAAGGUUUCCACUUGAGUAGUAUGAUUUGCACUUUUAUACGCUAACACCAAAUCUGCAGUACCACAAGUAUUAAUAUUUAUAGGUGUUAGUUGUUUUUUUUUUUUUAAAUCGGAAAAAAAAAACAGAGAGAACAACAACAAAAGAACAAUUUCAGUAAAAAAAGAAGAAGAGUAUUUUAGCAAAAUAGCUUUAAAAACUUGAGUUUGGUUCUUAUUUGAAUUUUGACUUUCCCGUCAACGAGCAGAUUCACGAUUUAUAAAGGAACUUCCACAUUUAAGUUUUUUUUGUUCUUUGUUUUGAUUGAAGUAAAUUUGUGUAUAUGGAUAAUUUUAUUUAUAAAUUAAAUGGUGUAGUAUUUUAGCUCAUGCUAUAAUGCUGAUGAUGUUUUGCUAUUUUUUUAAAAUGAUUCAAAAUUGAUUCUUGGAGGUAUUUGGUUGUCUUAGAUAGUUUUUCUCUUUGAUGUUAGAUAAGCAUGCCAUUAAAAUGUUCAUCUUGAUUUACAGUCCUUUGAUUUAGUCGUAUACUGAUACAAAUAAUUUUAAAUCGGUAUCUUCGCUUUGAGCCGUACAUUUUUAGGGAAAUCGUAUCCUUGUGUGAAUGUGUUAUAUAUGUGUUUCAUUUUUAUGAUGAAAGGUGUAAGUAUUAGCAGUGAGUAUCCAAUGAUAGUUAGUAGCAUAUUUGAUAUGGAUUUACACUCAUAGUUCUAUCUUGUUUUAAUAUUUCCAAGUUAUUUGUAAAUAUGUUCAUUAUUCAAGUUUUGCAUGUGAACGAUUUUAUUCUGAGUUGAAGGCAUACAAGUGAUUUUUAUUUUUAAGAAAAAUUUGAGAUGUAGUUGACAGCCUAUUCCUGCUAAGGUAUAAAAGUUUAUAGUUAAUUAUUUUAAGUGGUAAUUAUGUUAAUGGUCCAUUUUAAGACCCAAUUAAAUAAGUUAGAGAUGACCGAGAUGAGAUGCGAAUUAUUUCAAUCCUGUUGUCCCAUAAAAUAAUAAAAGGAAAAGAGCGAAAGGAAUAUAUAUGAGGGAGUGAGGCAUGGCCGAAAAUAUAAGUCAUUAUGUUCAAAGCGAACAAUUGGGCAAACUAGAAUUAAGGCAAGCAUGAUUUUAUCCAAGAUUGUUUUAAGCCUAACAUUAGUCGGUAAAAGCGACCGUGCUAGAACCACGGGACUUGGGGAAUGCCUAAUACCUUCUCCCCGGUCAACAGAAUUCCUUACCCGGACUUUUGUUUUCGCAGACCAAAAAUAAAGAGUCAUUUCCUUUUGAUUAGGGAUUCAAUAAGGUGACUUGGAACACCAAAACUCAAUUCCAAGUGGCGACUCUGUAAUAAAUAAAUAAUCCUUUCUCAAAAUGUCACUUUAAUUGGAAAAACCCUUUUUAAAUAAAAACAAAUCAAAUUUAUUUUUAUUUUUUAAGAAAAAAAAAGGGGUGUGACAAGGGCAAAACCCUAACAGUAUUUGACUAAGCUAAAGGACAGCCUGGUUUACUAAGCUUUCGCUUUACGCGGAGUUUAGGAAAGGGCCGGAUCACAAGGGUCUACUGUACACAACCUUAUAUUGCAUUUCCGCACGAAGCUGAAGUAGUUGAUUAAGCAUUUAGAGAAAAAAUAAACGCUUCUUAGUAAUAAAAAAAGUUGUUUUUCAUAAGCUAAAAAAGUAACUUUUCUCCAAAAAUACUUUGGAACUUUUUGUCAAACACAAAUUUCUAUUAUAAUAUUGAAAAAAGUGUCUUUCAAAUUGAUUAGCCAAACACAAGCAUCCUGUAUUUGGGGCACUCUAAUCCUUAAUGUAAGGUCAUCCUAUCCAACUUUCAGACAUUAAAAUACGUUUCAAGCGUAGAUAACUAUAAUAUAAACUGUUAUUAUUUAAAAUAUUUUUUUUGAAAAAAAUACUUCUGACGACAUUUAAAAUAGUAAAAUUACUUGGUGUAACUACCCCUAAGACUUAUUUAUGGAUAAUAUCUAACAUUUUUUAUAUUUAUGAUCCAUAAAUAUAUUUUUCAAAUUUUACACUUCAUAGCUACCCCACUUUUUUUAUUAAAUAACCGUACAACACCAUAUCCCUGUUUAAACGCAUAGUUCCCAAAUAUACUCUAUCUCUCUCCCUAAAUACACGUAAUUAACUCCCAAUUCCCCCCAUUUCUUCCAUAAUUUAAAUCAGUUUCUUUCACUUCUUUAAUUAUCAAUUCCGUUUUUCACUCUCACAUAACUCCACAUUAUUUUUACAGUUUCUAAGUAAAACAUUUACCAAAAAUGGGUAAGUUUUUUUUUUCGGUUUUGAUUUUGUAUACUGUAUUUCAGUAUAUUUUUUGGCAAGAUGCAUGUUGUUUGCUGUUUUUUUAUUUUUUGUAAAAUUCUCUGUUGCUUUAAUUUCAUCAUUCUCAGAUAUACAAAUCAUCCAUUCGUAGUGUUGUUUUUCCUCAAGAUUCACAGAUUCGAUUUCAAUGGCUGAAAUUGGCUCUCCGAGCACGAGAACUCGAGGUAUAGAAAAUAUAAUAGAUGGUCCUAGUUUCUCUUUGGGAUUUACUCAAUAAGAAAACCCCAUUGCAGGAGGGUCAUCUUAUGCUGAGACGCGUAGCAAAAAAAAUUAUCCAAGAAGGACGAAACAACAUCAUGAUUCUCAUGAUGAUAAAGAAGCAAAGAGGAAACAGUCAGCACCAGAUAAAAAAGUUUCUCAAGUGCCGCUACAGAAGAAGAGAAAGGUUACCAAGACUGUUCCUGGAGGCAAGGGCAAAAAAGUAGUUCGGAAAAAACCUUCAAUUGAUGUAAAAGACGAUGGAGAGGAUUCUAGAUUCUUGGUCACGAAGCAGCCUAUUGUGGCCCCAUCUAUGCAAAGAUACACGAACGUCAAUGUAAUUAGUGACAUUAAGGGUAAACUAAAGGGGGCUGGUCAGAUGGACAAGUUUGCAGAUUCUGUUUUUGGGAAAUAUCUCAGAAUGCAGCAUAUGGAUGUACAAGCACAGUUGUUCAGGUGCUUCAUGGUUAAGGAGCUUAAGGGAAGUACAUACGAGUGCUUUACAUUUGAAAUAAAUGGAAAAGUAUUGCGUUUUAGCAUUAGAGAAUUUGCACUAAUCACUGGAUUGAAUUGUGUCUCCGACGCAAAUGAGUUUGUAUACGAUAAGACGGAAAAAAAUAGGCUUAUGGAUGAUUAUUUGGGUGGAACAUCUGAUCACAUCAAAAGUGGGCAGCUGAUUGAGUGUUUCAACAAUACAGAUUGGGAGGACAAAGGCGAGGACGCAGUCAAGAUGGCCAUAUUGUAUUUUAUAAAUACAUUCGUAUUCUGCGGUGAGCCUGUUCGAUCGAACAUACCUAGGAUACAUUUUGACGUUGUAGAGGCUGGGAGAUAUGUUGAUUAUCCUUGGGGCAAAUAUGUCACGACCCGACUCGGGGCCGCGACGAGCACCCGGUGCUAACCCACCCGAGCACCCUCUUAGCUUACUCUUACACUUACAUCUAGGUGAGCCGCAUAAUUAUACAUGCAUUUUCCAUUCAUUCGUCAACUAGUCCCAUAUGGAAAACCGCACAUUUAUAUCAUCAAUAUACAUGGGCCAACGUGGCCGACAAAAUGAUAUACAAAACAUAGGCCGACAAGGCCAAACACAUCUACCCACACACACACAUGUCUACGAGCCUCUAAGAGUAUAACAUAUCACAUUAGCGGGACAGGACCCCACUAUGCCCAUAAUUAUAUACACAAAAGAAUGAGUACCCAAAAGAUAUGGCUCCGAAGGAAAUGGAGCUCUCUAUGUAAUCUCCGAAUAGGCAGCUAAGGAUCAAGUCUGUCUCCCUGUGCACCUGCGGGCAUGACGCAGCGUCCACAAACAAAAUGACGUCAGUACGAAGAAUGUACUGAGUAUGUAAAGCAUGAUCAACAUCAAUAUCGAAGCAUAAUAGAUAUCAUAUGAAGAUAGCAUAGGAGGGGAGACAGUAAUAUCAUCAUCAUCAUGUCGCUUACUUGCAUACAUCGUCGUUCGUAUCCCAUAAUAAUACUCGUACCAUACUUGUGCUCAUAUUCGUAUACAUGUCCUUAUUCGUACUCUUAUACAUAGUCUUAUCACAUUCAUAUUCAUAUUAUAUACAUAUCCAUACACUUAUAUACAUACAUAGCGUACCCGACCAUAAGGUUCGGUGUUUCAUACGUACUUGGCCAACCAAGGCUCAAUGUUAUUUCUACCUGGCCCUACCAAGGCUUCAGGGUUAUCCGUACCAUCUGCAGACGUGCGCGCGCGUUUCGUAAUCGUAUACAUACUUCAUACAUAUUCAUAUACAUAUAUUCUACCCGGCGUUAUAAGCUCGGGGUUCAUUAUAGCCCUUCAUAGGCACAUAUAAGUAUAAUAGCCCGUAGACACCUUUUGCAUCAUUUUUGAUAUCAUUAUCAUUACUAUUCUCAUUGUUAUCGUUACAUCUACAUUAUGGACUUACUCGUCAUACGAGGAACAUAGUAUAAUCAUAGUACAUAUCAAGGGUCGUGAGCUUAUGAGCUCGGAAUGUCAACCAUGUGAAGACAACAUACUCAUAUGGAGGAAUUAGGAAUUUGGCCAAGAACCAUGCCUUAUGAAAGAAGGGUUAGCCUUACAUACCUUUCCGUCGAACUAUUCUACACUUGCACGUUCCCUUCCAAUGCUAGCGUUUAUACCUUCAUUAAUAUCAUAACAAUGGCCAUUAGUCAUUCACAUUAUCCACAUUAUCUAGAUUCCUCAAUUUGCCUCUAAUUCACCCACAUUCAUGAUUAUAACACCCAUCUUCGUCCAUUCGUCUAAAGUGUUUAGUUCAUGAUCUUAAUACCAUUUAUAACACAUUCAUAUCACAACACAACAACAUUCAUAACUCAAUUCAAACUAUUUCUCAAAAUGUCACUAUUCAACAUUCAUGACCUAGUUGACCACAUUUUCUACAAUACAUGUAUUUUAAUUCUCCAAUACCUUAAACAUAUUGUAAAAAUCAUGAAUCUUACCUUAGAAGUUGUAGGAACAAGCUUUGGUUGAUAAUACUCUUCUUUGAGCAAAACCCUAGUUUUUCUCCAUUUGGAUUUCUUGACUUGGAUGAUCCUUGAUGAUUCCCUUAUCCUUGAUUCACUUGUCUUAAUGUUAUUGAUGGCUUAUAAUCCUUGAAAACUCAUAUAAUAAAUGUAGAGAGAAGUUCUAGAGAGAAGUGGUGUAAUGUUGUAAUGAAAUAAAAUAAGUCUUGAUCCUCAUAUUUAAUGAAUUGGAAAAUCUGUGCUGGGUGAACAGUGGUCGUCCAUGGAGGUUUACAGACCGUAUUCCACUAUACGGCUCGUCCUCCAUGGGCGUAUUUAGCCAUUUCCAGAACCAGAAGCUGGGCUUCCUUCAUGGUGGUUUACGACCAUGGUUUACGGGCCGUAAAUCACUUUACGGUCCGUCCACCAGGUCGUUUUUUAACCAUUUCCUCAGCUGGCAGAAAGUUGAAGUUUGGCAUGCCAGUUUACGACCUGGCAGUUUACGGACCGUAUACCAGUUUACGGUCCGUAUUUGCACUUUACGACCACUGGCAGAAAGCUGAAGCUUUUGCAUGGCAGUUUACGACUGCCAGUUUACGGACCGUAUUGCACUUUACGGUCCGUAUUUUGCAAUAUACGACCACUGGGCAGUUUUGCCAACUUUCAAUUUUUCUCAUUUCUCGACUUUUCAUUCUAAUCAUCCACAUCCCUUUUCAUACAUUUCCCAUGAAACAUUAUACACUCGCACUCCUCGCACACAUCAUUAGUUCAUUUACUUGCGUACCAACGGGAAAUUUUCCGAGGUGUAACAAAAGAGUCCUUCAAAGAGUUGGUUACAAGCAUCAGUCAGAAAUAUGCUGACUUCAAGCAAUAUUAUAGGAUUCACGGAAUGCCAAUUGCCAUGCAAGUUUGGCUAUAUGAAUCUUGUUCAAAAGUCCCAUCCAAUAUUGCAAUUAAAUCGGAGAAUUUAAUUCCAAGAAUCUUGAAUUGGCAGACUGUUGAAGAAAGACCGAUGCUUUGAUGGAAGGCAUGUUUAGAGAUGACAUACACCCGAUUUGUACUUUUGAUGAUGUUGUUCCAACCACUGCUGAGUUGGAACGACUUAAUUUGCCUCAUGUUGUUUCACAAGCUAUCUCCAACCCAACAGACGGAGUUGAAGUUGCCGAAGGCAACGAGAUGGUUAAUGAUGACUAUGAUGACUUCAGUACCACACCACCACAUAAUGUAAGGGGUAAACAGCAACAGCGGUCUGCCGUAUCUGAUUCACCGCCUCAUAAGAAAAGCAGACAGGUUUCAGUUACAGAUUCUACUGUUAGGAAACAACCAGCCCGGAACGAACCACUCACAACAUCGAAGGACACUUCGACAUCAAGGCAUCGUGAUGUCCAAACAGCCACCAAAACUGAUGAGGUGAAACUGCUCAGACAAGAGUUUCAAGCUUUUAAGAAAGAUGUAUCUGCUCAGUUUACUGAUCUUAACAAGUCCAUGGAUGAUAUUCGCAAGUGCAUCGAUGACAAUUUCAAAAAGAUUGUUGAGGCAAUAAAGGGAAAUCAAACCUCAGAAAAGGCUGUCGAUAGUGAAGCUCCGGUAAAUCAAUAUGAGGUUGGCAUACAAUACUCGCAUGAAUUCAAUCAAGAACAACAUUAUGCCAAAGAGACAUCAACCGUUAAAGAUGGUAUUGAUGAAAAUAAGAUGAAGGUUGCAGGCACAAUGUUAACUGGCGAUGUUUCUGGUGUUGGAAUGUGCCGAAGUAUACAAAGUGGGGAUACUUUAAAGGCUUCAACUGAAGAGAUUCAAGGUAGCGGUGAAACACUCCCGAAGCCAACACAACCACAGGGUGAGGCAAUCAUGGUGCAUACACAUGUGCCGGUUCCGGCUGUGCAACAAGGUGGGCUAAAUGAUAAUGCAGAAUUUAGUGCAUCAGAGCAAAUGGUAGCAGAGUUGCUAAUACAGUGUCCUCUUGCCACUGUGAUUCCACUUGGUCCCCCUACAAUAUAAGUCAAUGAUCAAACUGAUCCCUACAUAUUUAAGACCCCUCAGAGCAGCAAAGUUGAGAACGUUGUACCAAAUUCUCAAUGGUUAAUUCCUGAUGAUCAAUUACCCAGCCAACUUGGAGUACAACCAACAACGGGGCAAGGUUCAACUGCUGAAGUAGCACAACCUUCAAUCGAAAAUACUGAACGCCGAAUGAUUGUCCACCCAAGCAUUGUGCGAGAUAGGAAACCCAGCAAAUACACUGUGUCCCCUUUCAUGCCAAAUUACAGCUCAACAGGAUCUUCUGUAAGGUCUUCUGUCCCUAUCAAAUUUGAAAAGAAGCACCCCUUUGUAGAACAUCCAAUCAAUGCCCCUGUGGACACGGCGUAUUUUCAAGAAUCUGAAAAUUGGCUAAAGAAGGAUCUGUUGUUAAGGAAUGAUAAAAAAGAUAAGGAAAACCACUAUAGAAAAAGCAAGGAAUUAGUGGAUCCUGAAGCCGCCGAUAUGUCACUCAAGUUAGGUGUCACACUUGUUAAAGACAAAAACUAGUUCUACUUGUUAUCAAUGGAAGGAAAACUUUGGAAUGAUGAGCAUCUUGAUGUUAUUUUUUAUUACCUCCGUAAGAAAGGCAAAUAUGAAGAUAACAACACAUAUAAAUAUACCACCGUCAGCUGUAUACUACAUACCAUAAUCACCGAGAUUUACCAUGCUUGGAAAAAUCCGGAAUCAUCCACAAGUGUUGCUAGCAAGUAAUUUGAUGCAUGUGAGUACAUAAACGGGUACAGGUUGAUGGGUAAUAUACCAUGGCAUACAGUUGACAACGUAUUAAUCCCUGCCAAUGUGAAAGAGGAAAAUCACUGGAUUUUAGUGGUAAUAUCAUUCAUUGACAGAUGUCUGUAUGUGUACGACUCAUAUCGAGCUGCAGGGCAUGAUGCCGUCGUUAGGAGAGAAGUGAACAUGCUGGCUGCCCUUGUGCUACAUCAUCUACAAAUGUCCGGUUUUUAUGAAAAGAAGAAGGAUAUAGAUUUUCAGAAUCACCCCGCUUACAAAAACAGAGCACUAAAUGACGAUUUUGAUGUCCUUAAUGUGGACGAUCUACCACAACAACCCCCUGGAAGCAUGGAUUGUGGUGUAUAUGUGGCAGCUUUUGCUGAAUUCUUGAGCUCGGCUGAAGGCAUUCCAGUCAAUAUUGAUUCAAAGUUUCACCGUCAGAGAUAUGGUGCACUUCUUUGAGACUACGCUUGGGGAAAGGCAAACCAGAAUGCAGAAAGUGAUAACGAGUAACCAGCAAGACCAGUCAGGCCUAUAGUUGAUUACGAUGCAGUGAAUAUAGUAGAUGACGUAGAGUAAAUGUUGGGGUAGAUUAGAUGUUGUUUAGUUCAAGACAUUUUUUCAUGUGUUUUUGAUGUGGAACAUUAGUGUUUGGGUCAGUUAAUAUUACUUUUAGACAAUAUCUUUUUCUUUCAGAAUACAACGAGUAUGGUGUUGUCUUUUGUUUAGUGUUCUCGGAUGUUAUUAAAUACACUCGUAUUCUGUCUGCAGUCA